UAUAUAUGUGUAUUCAUGUCUUGUACUACGUCUUCAAUGUGUUUAGAUACAUUCUUAUAUGACUAUGAAAGGAGAAAUGCAUAUAUAUAAUGAGAACGGCACUAAUACAUGAAUGUAUUCUAUUGCUAUUCAAGAUGGAGAGAAAACAACGUAUGUUUUCUGUAAGGUGGUUGUAAACAAGAAAAUUGGAAAGAAAUAUCUAUUUGUUAAGUAAUAAAUAAUAAUCAAUGAGAAAUGGCAAAAUCUGUAUUGAGUUCUGACACAUUGCCAAAAGCAGGUCGGGUAAAUGAAGUAUGUCGUGAAUGGCUGGUGCAUGAGGAUGGAGCUCUCGCAUAUCGUUUACAGGAUGAAGAAAUUAGAGAACAUUACUCUAGCAACAAAAUGCGUAAUGCACAAGUCAGAGAAGAUUUACCAAGAGCUAAAGUUGAACAAGAAUUGGAAACUCUCAAAUAUCAAUCCUACAUUCAGCAGCAAGAAGAAAGAGAUGCACUUGUUGCAAAACAGAUUGCAUUAUCUUUAGAACGUGAAGAAAGACAACGAGAACGAGAAUUACAAGAACAAAUGAGACUGCAAUUGAGGUUGGAUGACGAAGCUGCACAGCUUGAAAUUGAACGACAUAUUCAAGAAGAGAAAGAUGAGGAAUUAGCAAGAAAAUUGCAGCAAGAAGAAGAAGAAAGUGCUAUAAGUAACCAUGAUGAUCCUGUUAAUGAGCAAUUAUUAUUAGAUCAAAAAAUUGCAAUGGAAGCACAGGAUGCUGAACUAGCACGAAUGCUUCAAGAAAAAGAACGUGCAAAAAUAAGAAAAGCUAGACAAAAAGCUAGACAAAGAAAAUUGGAACGUCAACAACUUCAAGAAUUAGAAGAGCAAAAUCUCACAGAGAAACCUCAACGACCUGAUAGAUUAGAAUUGAAGAAUGUGCAAAGUAAGACUAGAAUACAACAGUCUUUAAAUUAUCCUCCAUAUCCUGAUCCUGAAGAAAUACAAACACUAGAUGAUUCAAUUGAAAAUAUAAGAGAAGUGCAAAAUGUGGCUGCAAUUAUUGAUCCUACAUAUAAUGGAAAUAUACAUAAAAAUACUUCAAGUAGUUCAAGCAGUACAGUAAGUCCUACAUAUGCAUUGCCUACACCACCACAGGAGCUUAUGAAUGAUGAUGUUCCAUGUUACAUGCCCAUCCAAGGACAACGAAGAAAUCAAAUGCAAUCUCCGUCCCAAACUCAUGAAGAAAAGCAUAAACGUCGAGUGAAAGAUGGUUGCAAACAACAAUAGAAAUAGUCUGUUUUUUUAAUGAAAUAUUUUUUGAUAUUUUUUUUCGUUGCCAUGAAGAAAUGAUAUUUUAUUUAUCAUAAGUUUCAUAGAAAUUCUUAUUAUAUAUGCAACUUAAAAAUCAAUACAAAAUAGAAUUAAAUUUGUAUCCUUCGUUUACGACGAAAUAUAGUUAACGAAAGCAAUAUAAAAAUAAAUGUGCCUUUUAAAAUGA